AUGGCCAGCUUCCACGAUCUCCAGGGACAGUCCCUCACACCGAGUGCAUGGCGUGACAUCUGUACCGCGAUCAGUCGCCGUUUCCUCCGUGCUGUGCAUCAAUCGGUCCAAGCCCAGGAUAGUGGACAGGAUGAACCGGAUGAUCCAGACGACGAGAGCGGCAUGGGAUUGCCCGAGUGGCUGGCACACGCCUCCGACAUGCAGGCCGGACACUCGUCCAACGUGGCUGGCACGACCUACGGCCGCCUGAUCAACGAGCAGCCUGGCACGACGGCGUAUCGACGGCAGAUCUUCCGUGUUGUCAGCGAGGACCUCCACCGAUGGCUCCUCUUCCCAUCUGCCACGGCCCACCGAGACGAAAAGAGGCCACUCGGCCCACACUCGCCGUGGCAGGUGGAGGCGCAGCAGAAUCGGGAGUACUGGCAGCUCCAGUUCCGAGAGGCGUCGUUGGAAAACCAACUCCGUGAUAUGACCGGAGAUGAGCAGGCGCGGUUCCGUGGUAUGCAGGGUCCUGCUCUCGAGGCCAUCCAGGAGGGACGGAGUCCUGUGAUCGCCGUUAUGCCCACUGGUGGUGGCAAGAGCCUUCUCUUUAUGCUGCCGGCGUGGAUCUGCUCCCGUGGGACCACGGUGGUUGUGGUUCCCCUGCUGGCACUCCGAGGGGAUAUCCACCGUCGCUGUCAGGAACUCCAGCUGUCCAGUGUGGAGUGGGAGAGCCGGCGACCAGUCGACAGUGCGUCGAUUGUGCUGGUAACGCCGGAGUCAGCGCUGACGGAAGACUUUUUUGCAUUCCUUAACCGCACCAAGGCGCUCUACCGCCUCGACCGGAUCGUGAUUGACGAGUGCCAUGUCAUCCUGAACAAUCAGAAGCACUUUCGACCCGACCUGGCGCGACUGGGGCGUCUGACCAAGUUCCAGGUCCCGAUGGUGUACCUCACUGCGACGCUUCCCCCCUGA